AUGAAGGCAGCCAAAUGCCCAUCAGAUGAGUUGGCGAUCACUAACUGUGCUCUCAUAAACCCAGACGACUUUCCUAGCGAUGUCAAGCAUAUUGAAGUAUCAACAGGCCCAUCCCAGCACUUUGUCUUCAGUAUCAGAUUUUACAGUGGAGUUGAUAGGGGGACUGUAGGAUUUUCUGCUCCACAGAGAAAAUGGGCAACAUUAUCUAUUGGACAGCCUAUUGAUGUCAGUGUCUUCAAGCCUCAAAGUGCUGAGUGCCUCUGCAGUGUCACCUUGGAAGCUGAUUUCAUGCUUAAGAAGACAACAUCAAUGGAGCCUUACGAUUCAGAACAGAUGGCACGUGACUUCUUAAUACAGUUUUCCAAUCAGGUUUUCACAGUUGGUCAGCAAUUGGCCUUUUCCUUCCAAGAAAAAAAAGUACUCUCCUUGAUUGUAAAGAAUUUAGAAGCCGUGGAUGUACAGGCAUUAGCUCAAGGAGCUAACGCAGUCCCUCGAAGAGUAAAGAUGGGUAGAUUACUUCCCGAUGCCUGCAUUCAGUUUGACAAGGCUGAGAACUCUUCACUUAAUCUCGUUGGCAAGGCUAAGGGCAAACAACCUCGACAGUCUAUCAUAAAUCCUGAUUGGGAUUUCGGAAAGAUGGGAAUUGGUGGUUUGGAUAAUGAGUUCAACGCUAUCUUUCGGCGAGCCUUCGCUUCCCGAGUCUUCCCACCAGAAGUCGUCGAGCAGUUGGGAUGCAAACACGUGAAGGGUAUCCUUCUAUACGGUCCUCCCGGUACCGGUAAGACUUUGAUGGCUCGCCAAAUCGGAAAAAUGUUGAACGCGCGCGAGCCUAAGAUCGUCAACGGUCCGCAAAUAUUGGACAAAUACGUGGGCGAAAGUGAGGCGAACAUUCGCCGGUUGUUUGCCGAUGCUGAGGAGGAGGAGAAGAGGUGCGGUCCAAACAGUGGCUUACACAUCAUAAUAUUCGACGAAAUCGACGCCAUUUGCAAAGCAAGAGGCUCCACGGGAGGAAACACAGGAGUACACGACACAGUUGUUAACCAACUGCUCUCUAAGAUCGAUGGUGUGGACCAGUUGAACAAUAUUCUGGUGAUCGGUAUGACGAACAGAAGGGACAUGAUAGACGAGGCCCUACUCCGUCCCGGUCGUCUCGAGGUCCAGAUGGAGAUCGGUCUGCCCAAUGAGAAUGGCAGAGUCCAAAUUCUGAACAUUCACACGAAGCGUAUGAAGGAGUACAAGAAGAUAGCUGAGGAUGUUGACAGCAAAGAAUUAGCGGCGAUAACCAAGAACUUCUCUGGUGCGGAACUGGAGGGUUUAGUGCGUGCUGCCCAGUCUACGGCCAUGAACCGGCUGAUCAAGGCCUCGAGUAAGGUCGAGGUAGACCCCGAAGCCAUGGAGAAGCUGAUGGUGGAGAGGACGGACUUCUUGCACGCGCUUGAGAACGAUAUCAAACCGGCUUUCGGGACCGCAGCUGAGGCAUUGGAACAUUUCUUGGCUCGUGGCGUCAUCAAUUGGGGUUCUCCCGUUUCGUCGGUGCUCGAAGACGGACAGUUGUACAUACAACAGGCCCGGGCUACUGAAGCGAGCGGGCUCGUAUCUGUGCUGUUGGAAGGUCCGCCCAACAGUGGGAAGACGGCCUUGGCGGCUCAGCUCGCGAAGCUUUCCGACUUUCCCUUCGUAAAAGUCUGUUCUCCUGAAGACAUGGUCGGAUUCACUGAGACCGCUAAAUGUUUGCAAAUACGAAAGUACUUCGACGACGCGUACCGUUCGACCCUCUCGUGCAUCCUGGUCGACAACAUCGAGCGACUGCUGGACUACGGCCCCAUUGGCCCGCGGUACUCCAACCUCACGCUGCAGGCCUUGCUGGUGCUGCUCAAGAAGCAGCCCCCUAAAGGAAGGAAACUGCUCAUCCUGUGCACGAGUAGCAGACGCCAAGUGCUAGAAGACAUGGAAGUGUUGUCAGCGUUCACGGGCGUCCUGCACGUCCCGAAUCUCUCUCAGCCGGAGCAUGUUAUGGCCGUUCUAGAUGAAAGCGAUGCCUUCUCGAAGAAGGACCUCGCGAAGAUUCAGAAAGAGUUGCGGGGAGCCAAGAUAUUCAUCGGCAUCAAGAAGCUGCUCGCCCUGGUGGACAUGGUGAAGCAGACCGACGAGGAGUCCCGGGUGUUCAAGUUCCUCACGAAGAUCCAAGAAGAGGGAGGCCUAGACCUCGGCACCACUAUUCAAUAA